AUGUCACAAGGUGUUUCAGCAGUAAGAAUCUUGUUGCUUGGGGAACCUCGUGUUGGCAAAACAACCCUUAUUCUUUCGUUAGUAAGCGAGGAAUUUUCGCCCAAGGUACCUGCACAUGCAGAAGAGAUUACAAUUCCUGAGGAUGUAACACCUGAACAUAUUCCUACACAGAUUGUAGAUUAUUCUGCACAAACUCAAUCCCAUGAACAUUUAUGUGCAGAGAUUAAACGGGCAAAUGUUAUUUGUUUAGUACAUGCAUUAGAUGAUGAAAAUUCUUUUAAACAGAUAUCGUCCUAUUGGUUACCUUUAAUUCGACAUGUCAGCACUGAUGCUGAUACACAUAUUCCCAUUGUAAUUGUUGGCAAUAAAUUAGACAUAAAUCAUGAAAGUAAAUUAAAUAAAAUGCUCCCGUUAAUGUCUGAAUACUGUGAAGUGGAAACAUGCAUUGAGUGUUCAGCUAAAACUAUGCUAAAUUUAAGUGAAACAUUUUGGUUCGCUCAAAAAGCUGUUCUUUAUCCAACUGCUCCUUUGUAUAAUGCUGAAAAGAAAGAACUUACAACACAGUGUAUCCGUGCAUUAACAAGAAUCUUUCGAAUAUGUGAUACAGACAAUGAUGGUUAUUUAUCCGAUCGUGAAUUGGAGGCAUUUCAAACACGUUGCUUCUCUAUUCCAUUAACAGCACAAUCAUUACAUGAUGUGAAACAAUUGGUUAAACAAUCAUGUCCCGGUGGUGUUACUGUAAAUGGAUUAACUCAAAAAGGAUUUCUUUUCCUGCAUUUAAUGUUUAUACAAAAAGGACGUCAUGAGACUACAUGGACUGUAUUACGUAGAUUUGGUUAUGGUAAUCACAUGAGAUUAUCUGAACAAUUUAUCUAUCCAAAAUUUUCCAUUGCUUCAGGAUGCAGUACUGAAAUAUCACCUGUGGGGAUACAGUUUUUAAACGCGUUAUUUAAUAAAUAUGACUUGGAUCGAGAUGGAUGCUUGUCUACAGCAGAAUUAAGUGAAUUACUUGCUACUUGUCCAGAGGAUCAAUUAAAUCAUGUAACUGAUAUGAGUUUAUAUGUAGCAACAAAUUCUAUGGGUUGGGUUACACGUCAAGGAUUUAUGGCAUUUUGGAUGCUGACAGCUUAUCUCGAACCAAAUCGACUGCUUGAAUAUUUCGCUUAUUUAGGCUUCACUUAUUAUGAGUCUGGAUCAUUAUGGCCAUCCAUUGUAAAUGGUGAUUAUAAUCAAUAUGAUAGUGUUGCGUUAACUGGAAAUAAACAAACGAACACAAAUAUGUCAUCAUUAACAUCGCCAUCAGUGAUACACAAAACGUCCGGCUUAUCUGGAUCACAACUAUUUGCUUCACAUCGUUCUGACUUAAGUAAAACAUCAGGUAGUAUGACUGUUGCAAAUGAAGCAUUAUUAAGAGCAAUUAUAAUCACUAAUGAUAGACGUAUAGAUGCUAUACGUCGUUCAACACAACGAACUGUGUUCUAUUGUCGAGUUUAUGGAGCUCGUAAAGUGGGCAAAACAUGCUUAAUGCAGGGCCUACUUGGCCGUAGUUUAGCCGGUUCUGGUGGUACCGGUAUCGGUGGUAUAACUGGUCGUACAUCAAAUUGGGUAGCUUCAUCGGGUGUUCCUGUCUAUGGUCAGUCAAGAACUUUAUUAAUGCAUGAGAUCAGUGCUAGUGCAGGUGAACAAAUGUCAGCCAAUGAAGCAUUAGCGGUAGAUGUUGCCUGUCUGGUGUAUGAUGUUUCAGAUGCAGAGUCAUUUCGUUAUGUAGCAAAUAUAUUUCUUAAUUUUUAUCGUGGCACUCGAGUACCGUGUCUUUUUGUUGCUGCCAAAUCUGACCAAUCACAUGUCAUACAAAAUUAUCAAAUUGAUCCUAGUGAAAUGAUAACUAAAUACCAUUUACCGCCAAUUGAAUCAUUUUCUAGUGUUUAUUUAUUACCAAAACGUAAACAUUACUUACCAUUAAAUAAUUCAUUCAGUGAUUUAUCUAAUGCUGCUACCGCUACUACUACUACUAGUGAUGGUAAUGGACUUGAUGAUACUAAUACUACUACACUGUCGACAAGAAGACGUGCAGGUUCAGCCGAUCCUAUUUCUAGAUCUUCACUCACUAGUAAUACAUUAACAAAUAAUUUGAACCAGCCACUGCUUAAUUCACAUGACUCAGCGUCGUUAGAAAAUUCAUUGAAUGAUAUUUGUGAUAAUUCAUAUUUGGUUACGAAUGGAUCACGUAGUAGACAUCAUUCACGUUCUGAUUUAUAUAAUAAUACUAAUCGUAAUUUAAAAAGUCAAGGUGAACCAGAUUUUCGUUCUGUAUAUAUAUUGUUGUGUACAAUGGCAAAUUAUCCGCAUUACCGCGGAUUUGAAUUAGCCCAAACGGAUCAUACGUGGAAAUGGACAUUAGCAGCGACUGUCUUAGCAGGAUUUGGAUUUUUCGCAUUUCAAAUGGCGAAAACUCACUUGUAG